AUGAAAGGCAAUGCUCUGUUGGCGCUGGUGUCGCUCGGCUCAAUCAGGAGUCGACUUCUAAGCAUCUCGACGGCCUUGGUGGUGUUUUGGAUAUUUGUGCUCUUUUGGGGGGAACGGCGCAUUUUUGAUCAAAGCGUCACGCAGUGUCUUUGGCAGCAGUGGGAGUCAUGGCCGGCCCACACUCAACCUCACCAUGUUCUCCUCGUCGCAGACCCCCAAUUGGUUGAUCCGCAUACGUAUCCUGACAGACCGUGGCCUCUCUCAAGCCUGACGGUGCUGUACACGGACCUGUACCUCAGGCGCUCCUACCGGCUCCUACAAGAAAGACUUCAACCUGACGCGACUCUGUUUUUGGGUGAUCUGUUCGACGGAGGGAGAGAAUGGGGGACUGCCGACUCAAGCUCGCCAGAGCAACGAUACAAGAAGUAUGGGUCGCGGUUUUGGCUCAAGGAAUACAUUCGUUUCUCGAACAUCUUCUUGCGCUCUUGGUUCACGGGCUCUUCGGUCUCGCCAGCCGAACCCACAGGCCGUCGCCUUCUAGCCUCGCUCCCUGGGAAUCAUGACCUAGGCUUUGCGGCGGGUAUCCAAAUGCCCGUCAAGGAGCGCUUCGAUGCAUAUUUCGGGCCGUUGAACCGAAUCGACAUUAUCGGCAACCACUCUUUUGUCCAUCUCGACACGGUCUCCUUGAGCGCCAUGGAUCAGAUCGAUCCCAAGACCGGAAGUUCAGGGGCGGGAGACGGAAGUGCAGCCGCAACUGCUUCCACCAAAAUCUGGACUCCAGUCGAGGACUUCCUUGCAGAAGCCAAAACCAUCAGAGCCAAGGCCAUCCAACAUACGUGCGAAACGAGAUUCAGUUGGAAGAGCCCUUCUUCUCGAUCGCUCGUCCCCGAAGUACGACAAGCCGAUCAAGCCGAAUCCUCUAAGACAUCUCAUAACUCACUUUACCCAGUCAGCUCAUCACAAUUUCCAACAAUCAUCCUCUCCCACGUCCCGCUGUACCGCUCCGGUGAGGCCAAUUGCGGACCAUUGCGAGAACGAGGGUCGGCCAUCCCGCUGCAGGCAGGCUAUCAAUACCAGAACGUCCUUACGCCGUUGAUAUCCCACGAUAUAGUCAAGCACCUGACCGCCGAGGAAAUCACGAUGAUCUACUCGGGCGACGACCACGAUUACUGCGAGAUCGAACACAACGAGUUCACCGGCCGGAUCAGAGAAAUCACCGUCAAGAGCAUGAGUUGGGCCAUGGGCAUCCGCCAGCCCGGCGUCCAGCUCGUCAGCCUGUGGAAUCCCGUCGACGUGGAGAAAGCCAUGUCCGACGACCCGAAUCUAUCCACCCCAAGAGACACGGUGCAGAACCACAUGUGUCUCCUCCCCGACCAAUUGAGCAUCUUCAUCCGCUACGGCCAAGCAGCAGGCGUGACGCUCUUCAUCCUCCUCCUGAGCGCGCUGCGAUACAGCCCUUCUGCCGCCGCAACCGCUCAUGCGGCUGCGCUGCAGCACGAGAAAUCAGACCCCCUCCUCCCGACGUCGGAGUUGUCCCGCCGCCAUGAAUCGAGUAAUUCCAAUAGCUCGUGCAUCCAGAGUGGCGGAACCUCGCACCUCUCCACACGCAAACCGGGCUACGGUCACAUCCCCGCCUCAUCGCGCACGGCGUCGCGCUCGCCCGUGCCCUCGAAACCUCCAUACAUCGAUCACGCCCGGAACGCGUACCAUGUGGGAACGGAGGACGUGGCUGACGUCAACGACCACGACAACGAUGACGACUGGGGCAUGCCCAAACGUGUGGUUGCGAUGGCGAAGCGGAGGAAUCUCCCCCCGGCGACACGACUUGCGUAUUUGCGCCGUGAAGUCGGACGGACUGUGUGGCCGGCGUUGGCCGUCUAUAUGUGGUUGCUAUGGCACGGAUGA